AUGGCAUCUACUGCAGGAAAGGCGGUAAAUGGAGUUAGCAAAUCAGAAGAAGACAGCUCACAGAUUCAAAAAAUCCUCGUAGUAUUUGUGUUCGUGGCUUCUUUGUUCAUCCUCGUGGGAAAUCUGUUAACAAUUAUCAGCGUCUUAUUUUUCACGAAACAGAAGAAUACAUUCACUUUACUUCUCAUUGCCCUCUCUUUGACUGACGUUUUAAGCGUACUUGGACCAAAUGCGAUCGCCCUGUUCGUGUCUUUAGAUCAAAGCAAGGAAUUCCGCGAUCUUUUUACUCUAUGUCGCGUUCAAGCUUGGAUGAUGGUCUUCCUCCGCAUUGCUGCGACAUUAAUUAUUACUCUUCUAACAUUGGACCUAGCCUUCAUCACCGUAUUUCCACAUUUUUCUCGCAAACAAUGGAAGCGGAAGUUGUUUGUUGUAUUCUUCUUCGGAAUAUGGAUUGUUGCUUCUUUUGUAGCAACAUGGCCUCUUCUUUGGCUCGAUGGUUUCCACGUUUCCGAAGAGACAGAGAACAUAUUUUGCCUGUUUGAAUAUAAAAAUCCUUUCGGCGUUUUUUUUGUGCUGUUUCUCUUCUUUUCUUUAGCUGUUUGUUGUUUUUGUUUCUGUAUCAUAUUUAGCACGGCCAACAGGAAAUCGUUCAGUACCAAGCGAGCCCGCUUAGAUGAAGAUCUAGGUUCUUCAACAAGGCAGCAUGAUAUUGUGGGCAGAGAUGCACAUUCUGAUACUAAGGAACUUUCUCGUAUAGCGGCUUUGGUUGUUGCAAUAUAUUUCUGCUGUAUUCUACCAUGGACGGUAAGCAAGUCCCUAAAGUGUAUUCAUAAUGACACUAGAUCUGUGAAAUACAAGAAAUUUUGUCCACCAAAAUUAUCCGAUUUUUAAAUCUCUCUCACUGACAACCGUUGUAUUGUGUUAUAAUACAAUAUUUGAGGACUUCAGUUCUUCAUCAUGUACUCUAAGAAGUGUACGGUCAAAUACUUUGCAUACAGCUUAAGUUAGUACAUCGUACAACUGAUCAGUUCUUUUUUUAUCACAGGUGGCUAUUUCCCUGGGAAUUUUCUCGGUAGACUAUCCUUCUCUGUUCGGUCUGUGUGCGACCCAGUUACCGGCGCUCAGUGGUCUCCUGAAUCCUCUCAUAUAUGCAACCACGUGGCCAUCAUACAGGCGAGCUUAUAUCCGCGCCUUACAGUGGACUGGUACUAAAUGCUGUAACAGGAAAUUGAAAAGGUCUUCACGUACCAGGUCUCACAACCUUAUCUGUAAGUAACAAGGGGAACGAGGCUGGUUAACUGAUCGAUUUGUAUUACUGAUGCAAGUGAAGUGAAGUGAGGACUUUAUUUAAAGAUGAUAACAUUUGACAGUCAUUAAAGAACUGAUGAACUUGUAGCCCCUCUUUCUCAACGUCCUGGCAACUAUGAAUACACACGCAUGCGCCUUUGCCUGUUCAAGGUUAAACCGAAAUUGUAUGUCAAACUUGACUCAGUCUUACCAUAGAAUUGAUUCAAAAUUCAUUUUCAUGGGGGACAUCUCAACCCGAUUUUUGCCCCAUCGUUUCUCAGUAACGUUUAGAUCUCACACAUCUGUUUUGUCCGUCGGGGGUAUAAUUACCCAAUAAACUAAAUCAGUAAAAAAACAUCUUGGGUUAUGUAAAUCAGUCAGUCAGGAAUUGACUCAAUUGAUUAAGGUAACCUAGUGCCAUAUCUGGGUAGGUUAACUCGUUUCAAAGCCGUCGCAGGCCUUUUCAAACACCAAAUACAGGUAUUUUCAUCUUCGCUAAGUGCUACUUGAAGCCCUCUACGUUUAAGUAACGACCACUAUUUUGAUACAUAAGAAUUUUUGUUAUUGCUUUUACUUUAAAACAGCUUCAAUGAGUGCAAAUCAUAGUUUCUGGAUCUCUGAUUUCUUUGACGAGUCAGACGCUGAUCAUGAGAACGCAUUUCACAUUUUGUUUGGUCCGACAUCUUACAUCAAGCCUCUUGACUUCAAUCCUGAGGAGCUGGAAAUGUUUGAACAGCAGUGUGCAAAAAAUAAUAACGAAGAAACCCGACGCUUUUCCAAACUUAAAAGAUCGCUUCCCAGACCUGCACCCUAUAAACGUGCAGAGUUUCACCCGCACAGAAAUCAUUUUCAGGAUAUUUUGGAUUUUAUUGAUGAAAUGACAGAUGAAAAAAGACAGAACAUUGGAAAACGAGAGAACCUUUGUGUCUCUGAAAUAAAAAGAGGCACUAGCAAAGCGGGCAGGCCAGCUAAAACGAGUAAAGGAUACAUCGCAAGUAACCAGUCAGCGUACAAGACCAGUUCACUGAUUGGACGUCAUGGUGCUUAUCACGAAUUAUCGUUUAGUCGCAAAGAACCACUAGAAAUUCGUGGCUUGAAGCAAUGCAGAGGACAUAGAAUGGGCGAGGGGUGUUCCUGCUUGGGGAAGUCGAAAUGCUACAUUGUGCAUAACAAACUGCAAGAAGCCGACUGCUUAGUAUCUAAAGAAAGAGAAAGUUUCAGCUCUGGGGAACCACUUUCUUCUCGUAUGUAA